AUGAUUUCAUUUACUCUUUACUUAGUUAGUCUACAUGGUAGCGCACCACAAGAUAUAUAUUUUCGAACCUUCGAGACUACAGUCACGUCUAUGAACAAUAACCAGAUGAACCUCAACGGGCAGUUUCCUCAAGGGGGAACGCCCCAGCCCGGCAAUCAGGGACAGCGACCUCAAAACCGUAUCACCAUUCAACCGCAACACAUCCCUCGCCUCGUCCAGCUGAUGAGGGCCGCCCAACAGCAGGCUCAACAAGCCCAAGACGAACCAACUCGCCAGAAACAUAAACAACAAUAUGAAAAAAUCCGUCUGAUUUUACUACAAUACCAACAACAACAACAAGCUGCGCAACGAGGCCAGAACCAGGGGCAAAUGCCCGGUCAAGCCCCGGGUCAGAUCCAAGGUCAACGUCCUCCGCAAAAUCAACCACAACAAGCUCAGCAACAAAACCAAGGACAAUCGCAAUUUUCUAUGAACCAACAGCAGAUGCCGCAAAACCCUCAACAAGGUAUGAAUAACGGUCAGAACAUGAUGAGUCAACAGCAGCAACUCCAACAGAUGCAAAUGCGGCAACAGAACACUCAGGGCCAACAAAUGAUGCAAGGCAAUCAGAUGGCGAACCAAAACCAUACCCAGGGCCAAGGGCAGGGUCAAGGUCAGGGCCAGGGAAUGGGGCAACCUCAACGGCUCACGGUGCUGAUGGAGUCGUACAAUAUGAUUCGGCGUAACAUCCAGGAGGUACAACAACGAGUGCGUAUUUUGGAACAACGGAAACAGGCGAACCCGACUCCCGACCAGCUUGCUCAAAUUGACCGUGAUAUUGCUGAGUGGAACAUGCGCCUUCAAAAGUACCAGAGAAUCGGGAUGAAUUUGAAGAAUCAGUUGAUUGCCCUUCGAACUCAGCAGCAGCAGCAGCAGCAGCAACAACAACAGCAACAACCACAACAACAACAGCAGCAACCGGGGAGCAUGAAUGCUGGUCAACAGGGAAACACCCCACAAGCGCCCACACCACAGAUGCCGCAAAUGCAACAGCACUCAUCGCCGAUGGUACAGCCGCUGCCGCUCCCACAAGCGCUGCCGAUGAGCCAGCUGCCUGCUCUUGGUAACGGCCUGCCUCAAUUCCACCCGGCGCCCGCUCCUCAACAAGCACGCCAAUCUGCUCAACAAAGACAGAGCCCUCACAUGGGACUUAACCAAGCGCCUCAGGGUCAGCGACAUCCCCAACAACUUACUCAGCAACAGAUUGCCCGGUUACAACAGCAGAGACAGGCGCAACAACGGCGUGGCCCAGCACAAGCCAAUCAAGGAACCCCGAUACCCCCAGGAACAAUGCCGACUGGUCCCCAACCGCCACUGGGGCUGCCCUCGCGGCAUCCAUCGCAAGGACCUCCUCCUAGUCAACCACAACCGGGGCACCAAUCGCCUCCUAUACCCAUGGGCAUCCCUAACCCUCAGGCGCCAAUGCCUCAACAACCACCUAUCACGGCACCAUCUCAAGCAAUGGCCACGACACAAUCACCGGCGCCCAUGGCUCAACCUACUGCUACCCAGCUGGCAGUGGUUGCUCCCGGACGGACAAACACCCCUGGUCCGAUGGUAUCACAAGGGCGACUGGUUUCCCCUGCGGUGGCUGUUGAGGGCCAAGCUACCCCAGAUAAUACUGGUGAUUCUAAACUGGGCACGGUGACCUCGCGCCGGGACCUGGUGAGUCUUGGGUCUCAAUCGACGUCGGUACCGCUGAUUCCGAUUUCAUCCACAAUUAACGUGAAGCCGCCAGUGGCGGUGACGUUCAAUUCGUUCACUGAUGGACGCCCCACGAUCACCGGAGGGGCGGCAGCAAGCUCGGGGUCAUACUUACUGACGCCUGCCAUUACCAAGUUGCCUACAUUUGAGUUGGCUAGUUCUGGGCCAGGCGGCGCCUCGCUGCUUCCUGAGAACGGUCGCGUAAUCAACAAGCGGAAGCUCAUUGAAUUGGUUAAUACGAUGGGGGUUGACGAAGGCGAUGGUAAGACUCAAAUUGAUGGCAAUGUCGAAGAAGUCCUUUUGGACUUAGCCGAUGAGUUUAUUGCUUCGGUUACCGGGUUUGCUUGUCGGCUUGCAAAGCAUCGCAAGGCCAAUGCUAUUGAUGCCAAGGAUGUCCAGCUUCACUUAGAGCGCAACUGGAAUAUCAGAGUGCCUGGUUAUGCUAUGGACAAAAUCAGGCUGACGAGAAAGUUGACUCCCGCCAACAGCUACAAUCAAAAGGUGCAAGGCGUUGAAAUUGCUAAGCUGGUUAGUGAACACAUGUAA